CAGGUGACUCUUAGAUGAAUGUGAUUCUCUUUCAGCCUCCACUAUGUGGGUGAUUCCAGCAUACAACCAAACCCGGGUUUCUGAGUUCAUCCUACUUGGCUUCUCCAGUGACCCCAUGACCAAUAACAUCCUCUUCUUUGUGUUCCUUCUCAUCUACCUGAGCUCAGUCAUGAGCAAUGGACUCAUCAUCUUGCUGAUCUGCCUGGACUCACAUCUGCACACUCCCAUGUACUUCUUCCUCUGUAUACUCGCCAUGUUGGAUAUGGGCUGUGUCACCACCACCAUGCCCCAGAUGUUGGUGCAUCUUCUUGCUUACUCUAAGACCAUCUCUUUUGCUUGCUGCUGGAUGCAGAUGUAUGUGUUUGGUGCCUUGGGUAUAACUGAGUGCACCUUCUUUGUUGUCAUGGCUUAUGACAGAUAUGUGGCCAUUUGCUACCCACUGCAUUACACUGUCAUCCUCAACUGGGGACUGUGCAUACGACUGUCAACUGGAUCUUUGGUCUGUGGUUUCCUCUCUGCUUUGUUACAUACAUUCUUUACCAUGAGUCUACCAUAUUGUGGACCCAACAAGGUCAACCACUAUUUCUGUGAAGGCCCUGCAGUGCUUAGCCUGGCUUGCAUGGAUACUCACCUCAUUGAGAUGGUGGACCAGGUCUUGAGUGUUUUUAUGCUUCUUAUUCCAAUUUUCCUUAUUGUGGCCUCUUACAUUCAAAUUGCCAUGGCUAUUCUCAAAAUCAAGUCCACCCAAGCCCGCUGCAAGGCUUUCUCUACCUGUGCUUCCCACCUGACUGUGGUCUCAUUCUUCUAUGGUCCAGGCACUUACAUCUACAUGAGGCCCAACUCCAGCUAUUUCCCUGAGCGAGACAAGCAGAUUUCACUCUUUUACAAUGCCUUUAGUGCCUUGCUAAACCCAAUGGUCUACAGUCUGAGGAACAGGGACAUAAAGAGGGCAUUUCUCAAGGUGAUGGCACAUGGUAGGGUGGACUAG